GUAGGUUACUAGUAUUUGAUCAUAGGUGUCUUCGAAGCAUUGCUCGUAUUUCCUGGGACCAUCGAGUAAGUAACACAGUUGUUAGGAAACGGGUACUAGGUAAGGAUGGCAAAUCAAUUGAUGAAGUAGUGAAACUUUAUCAGUUGAGAUGGCUGGGACACGUGUUACGUAUGCCCAACGACCGACUGCCUCGACGUGCUAUGUUCAGUGGUAUAGGAGUAGGUUGGAAGAAAGCUAGAGGCGGCCAAACCAAAACAUGGCACAAUUCCAUGAAGUCACUGACAAGUGAACUGAGUCAUGUCGGUAGGUGUAGACUACCUGGUUGGGGACCGCGAGAUGACAGCAACCGAUGGUUAGAGACCCUGAAUGACAUGGCUCAAAAUCGUUUGCAAUGGCGCAGGUGCAUCCACUCUCUGUGUUCCCCCAAAUUCUAAUCUUCUGAAUUCUUCAUGUCCCUUUUUUCCUCUUUCCAAAUUUCUUUCACUGGAUUAUACUCUUUAAAUAACAUCUCCAAACCCUAAUCUUCCCGAUUACUGAUUAUACUCUUAUUACCUCUACCACUACGGGAUUUGAAUCGACAAGUGCAUCUCUGUGCUAAUGUGGUGUGGCAACUCGAACUGAUGUACGUACGUACGAAGUUCUACGUUGUUACUGACUGAGCAACCGAUGGUUAGAGACCCUGAAUGACAUGACUCAAAAUCGUUUGCAAUGGCGCAGGUGCAUACACUCUAUUGUGUUCUCCCAAAUUUUGAUCUCCUUAUUCCUCUUUUUCUCUUCCCAAAAUUAUUUCACUGUAUUAUACUCUUUAAGUAACAUCUCCAAACACUAAUUUUCCCGACUACUGCUUAUACCCUUAUUACCUCUACCACUACGGGAUUUGAAUCGACAAGUGCAUCUCUGUGCUAAUGUGGUGUGGCAACUCGAACUGAUGUACGUACGUACGAAGUUCUACGUUGUUGCUGACUGACUGACUGAAAGUGGGUUUAUCACGUUUUGUAUCGACAGAAGACAAAAUCCCCACAAACUAAAGUUGGUGAAUCGAACUUCGCAAUGUACACUGAAAUGCAUUAUCCUGGAUAUCAUUCUCGGUAAAUUACUCCUCACAUUUUCUUUCAUAAACAGACUACACCAAUAAUGACUGUUUCCGGGUCAACUUACAUUUUCUGAAGUUUUUGGGAUAUCAACUUUAUUGUUAGCUUACACGGAGUUCAUUUUCAAACGUGAUUGUUCACAAAACCAGUUCUCGUGGUAAUAAAGUGUUCGCUCGCCGGAUCAAAGGUCCUGGACUUGAUCCUUUGUGGUGUGCUCGUAGACCUGCCAAUGCCGCGGACUUCAUAUUACGACAAAACAGCUGUCCAGUGCCUACUAGUUUCCAAUAAUGGUUUAACUAAGAUCAAUUUGUGACAUAAAAAUACAUGAUUAAAGGAAGUGCAACAAAAGGCUUGAAAUAUAUUCAAAAUUAUGUGUACGACUGUGUAUUUCAUUCUGGCUGGUAAACUAAGUACUACUACACGUUCCCUACCAAUCAUGUUGAUCUUAAAAUCCACAUACUUGUAUUCAGUCUUCAAACAAAUAAUCACUAAUUGCGCGGUGUAAUAGGUUAUCUUUUGUGAUUGAAAUUGUCUGAGAUUAUUUUGUCUCAACAGGUUGAAGUAUGGAACUAUUAAAUCUAUUAGUGAGCAUUAACUAUAUUGAGUCACUAUAACGUGAUAAUUAACCAUUUACUUAUUAUAUAAUGUACUAAGUAUUUGUUAUCUGGUAGUUUAAUCAAACGCUAGUUUUGAUAUCCUAGCAGUAUCGGUAGACUAGUACUAUUUUCAACUCUCACAAUGCAUAACCAGCCUAGCAAUGAACUUUGCUGAGUACUUUGAUACUAGCGAUAAGGAAGAAAAGUCAUCACUUUAAAAACAUCAUUAUUAAAUUAUCGAGCAGCAGUGGCAUCACAAGUUAUUUGAGUUAGCGAGAACUGUCUUUUUUUGAGCCGAAUUUAGUAGUAUCAUAUAAUGAGCCAAAUUGACUCUUGUUGGAUUAUAUUUCAUUCAGUUCAACUGUUGCGUAAUAUCACUUGUCCAGGUUAGGAGUAACAUAAGGAAGUACUUAGUUUAGCUUUUCUGGUUGUAUUGCAUUUGUGGACUAUAUUAGUCUUCAAAUACUUAUUCUCCAUUUCGCCUAUUAAUGCUCCAGUCUCGCGAAUGUAUUUAUAUUUUGACAGAUUGUUCGAAUUAAGAAGUCCUGUGAGGCUGUAAAAAUAAUAUUGUAACUGCAUACUUCUUAAAAUAUGGUUGAAGUUUACAAGCUGAGAUGCACUCUCUCGGGUCAUAAGAGCGACGUCCGUGCAGUCACUUGUCUUUCAGAUACCAGGAUUGUUUCUGCUUCAAGGGAUUUAACAGCAAGGACAUGGCAUAUUUCCAAAGAAGGUUGCGAUGGCUGUGAAGAUAUGGUUCUUCUCGGGCAUACGAAUUAUGUAUCAGCUGUGUGUUGUCAAGAUUUAGAUAAGGAAUGUCGUAUUCUAACAGGAUCACAUGAUAAACUAAUUCGAGGGUAUAAUUCUAUGUCUCCAGAAGCUCUUUUCACUUUAGAAGGGCAUAAAGAUACAGUGUGUACUUUAGCUGUUGGAAAUCACAAGACCAUAAUUAGUGGUUCUUGGGAUAAAUCAAUCAAAAUAUGGAAGGAAGAAAAGUGUGUUUCUACUCUCACAGGACAUGAAGCAGCAGUAUGGUGUGUACUCGUUAUGUCGGCCGUAAAUAUAACCGGUCAUAUUGAUGAUUUAAUUGUUAUCUCUGGUUCAGCUGAUCAAACUAUACGUAUAUGGUGCCUACGUGGUCUUAAUCAAGAUAUAAGUUCGCCUGACAUAAUUUUAUUAAAUUCUUUAAAUGAACAUAAAGACUGUGUACGUGCCUUGGCACGUAUUGAUGAUUCACGAUUUUUAUCAGCAAGCAAUGAUGCCAGUAUAAGAGCUUGGGAUGCUACUACGGGUAAAUGUAUUGGAGAGUUUUAUGGGCACACAAAUUUUGUUUAUGGAUUGGCUUGUUCACCUAAUUUUCCAAAAUUUGUUUCCUGUGGUGAGGAUAGAAGUAUUCGUGUCUGGCUCUUACCUUCGGCAAGUGAAUGGGCUCCUGAAAAACAUUUUAGUUGCUUUCAAACUAUUCUGUUGCCCUGUCAGUCUGCGUGGUGUGUAGCUAUGGUACCGAAUGGUGAUAUUAUUGUCGGAGGCAGUGAUUCGAUGAUUCGGAUAUUUUCAUGUGAUUCAACAAGACAAGCAUCUUCAGAUAUCUUGAAACUUUAUGAGACAGAAUUAGCCAAUUUUAAGAUUACAGUUCCUAGUUCUUCUGGAGCUGGAGAUUUAGUUUUGAACAAUUUACCGGGAGUUGAGGCUUUAACGAGACCAGGGAAAUCGGAAGGACAGAUCUUGGUCAUUAACGAUAAUGGCCGCUCCGUUUGUUAUCAAUGGUCUUCACAUGAUACUCGGUGGAUUGAAGUUGGUGAUGUUGUGGGAAGUCAACCUUCUAAUCGUCAAGUUCAUGAAGGCAAAGAAUACGAUUUUGUAUUUACGGUUGAUAUUGAUGAUAGCAUGCCUGGGCUUAAACUACCUUACAAUCGUACUGAAGAUCCCUGGUUUGCGGCUCAUUCUUUUAUUCAAAGACAUGAUUUACCUGCUGGUUAUCUAGAUACAGUUGCUAAUUUCAUUAUUCAAAAUGCAGGACCUCCAAUUAAUCCAGUUGUCAGCAAUGAUCUUUCUCACAGUGAUCCCUUUACUGGAGCACAUCGAUAUAUCCCAAAUAGCUUUUCUUCGACGAUAACCAAGUCCACCACAAAUGGAACAUCGGUUUUUACAUCUCAUUUCCCACCCGAUACCUUUAUAUCUAUGAAAUCAAUCAGCCUUGGUCCUUUAAUGACUAAACUAGAGUCGUUCAAUGUCCAAUCACCGAUUCCGUUAAAUAAUGAAUUUUUAGAAGCAUGUAGAAAAUUCAACAUUGAUGAUUGUACUGAAACUGAAGCUGUUCAUCUUACUACUCAUAUUCUAGAUGCAAUAAACAAGUGGACUCCCGAUACAAUAUUCCCCUUAUUGGAUAUUUUACGGUGUUUAGUGUUUUGGCCGAUAUCCAGUGAUAUUAUAUUUGAAACAACAAAUUGGAAUUAUUUAUUGUUAAUUAGUUUUAACAAUCCUGAUUUGUCAAGUGCAAAUUGUUUAUUGAUGUUACGUCUAUUAGUAAACUCUUUAGCUGCAGAUGGUCCAAGAUUUAUUGACACAAUUCAGCGUCAGUCUUUGUCGUCAUCAUCAUCAUCAUCAUCAUCCUUAACAAAUAGUAGUGAUAAGCCGAACGUUGUACCAAAAUCUUUAAUUACUGCUGUUGGAAUAACUGGGAGAUUAGUUGAACUUGUUAAUGAUAAUAAAUUGCAGUUUGUAACGCGUAAACCACAUCAGGUUGCGUUGGCCUGUUUGAUGUAUAAUAUGUCUGUACUUGUUCAUUUGGCGAAACCGUUUUCUAUCGAGCCAAAUAUAUUUCCUCAACUGCGCUUUAUAUCUGGUGUUUGUAUUCGAAUAAGUCUUAAUAUUCUAUCACUUGCCUUGGAUCAUGGUUGUAGUGGUGUUACACAAUUACACCCUGAAGCUGUAAAUCAUUUAUUUGUAUCUAUCGGUACCUGUUUAUUAUCAGUAACUUCAGGAUUAAAUUCAACAGGUGAGCAGUUAAAAACACAACGUAUUCGUAUUCUUGCAUCAGCUAUGAUUGGUUUGAAAGAUUUACCUCAAAGUGUUGAUAACGAUGUAAAUAUUGAUAACAAUGUUGAAGAAUUUACCGCCUGGGAAUCAGUUCGUAAAAUUAUUAAUUAUUGGAUAACAACACCUACAGUUUGUUCUAAUGUACGAGCAUGUGCAUCUCAAUUACUUUCAAUUUUAGAAUAACAGUAUCAAGUGACUAAAAACAAUAUUUGUACUUAUUAAAAAUUUACACUUUUUGCUUAAUAUAACUGUUUUGGAUUGUAAAUUUUAAACACGUUUAAGAAGUAUUCAUAUAGGUGUAUGUGUAUCAUUUUCACUCUAAUGACUUUUCAUUUUUAUAAAGUCUUGUGAAUUUGUUCAUAUUUUAUAGACGCACAUUAUUUUUUGUUGUUGCAUAUUGUUUUUUGUACAAAUAUGUUUUUUUUUCAUUGAUUUUGUGAUGUAGAUACUAAUUGCAUGUGUAGUUUUCUGUUUACAUUAUCAUCUUGCGUCUUGAAACUCUUCAAUGAUUAGUAUACAUAUAUACGGUUAACUCACUUCUACGUAUUGGGUGUCUCGUUCAAUAAAUGUUUCACGUUUAAGCUAAAAAAAUUGACAAAGUAUAGUGAAUUUAUUUUGUAAUUUAGACUAAUAAUUUUCUGUUUGAAUAAAUGCUACAGUCUAAACCCAAAUCGACCUCAUACAGGUUUGUAUGCUGAUUGAGAAACUGCACCCUUUAUAUGUUGGUUAAUUAACUAUACAAUCCACAGUUAAUGCUAAAUCGUAAAGAUCGUACGAAGUUCGUGUGUCUGAUCAGUAUAUUGUGCGAACCAAAGUACGUGAAAUUAUUGAAAUCAGUUAAUAAUUUCUUCGUGUUAACAAAACAUAAGACGGACAGCGUUUAUAUGCAUCUCUACUUAAAUCGAAAUUUAAUACAUAGUUUGUAUCUACGUACAAUAAGCUGAAAGUGAAUUCCUUUCUUACAUUUAUUGUAUUUUCUGUUCAAAUUAUUGUAUUUGAAUUCUGAGUUUCAUUCAUAACUUCUUCCUGAUCACACAGUAGUGAUAAAUGUAAAUUACAAUAUAACCAUUUGGUCUUCAUAGGAUAGGAUCAUACCUACAAAUAGAAUGUGUGUUAUAAUGUUCGAUUGAUAAAAUUUUCUGACAUAAUCC